AUGCACAAAAUUUACUUACUUGACGGUCAACUGCCUGAAGAUGCAACUUAGAAAUUUACUUAAAAGAGAAGUAUUCUUCGCAAUUCUAUAAUUCUUUCACUUGGACUUGCAAUUUCUUAUGCCAUAUUUUCUCAACCCCAAAAUUCUGCUACAAACUCGGCUAAUGGUACUCAGUCUCUAUGGUUACAUGAACCCAAGAAUAUAUUUUAAUGGAGUGAUGCAAUAGAUUCUUCAAAUUUAAGUUAAAUAGUUGACAUCUUAUCCUCUCCAUCAGGAGAUCUGUUUGGAAUCACAGUAAAUGAAAGCAAUUAUAGAUCAGUCUAUAAAUUCAACAUUCUAGAUGGGAAAUGGUCUCCAUUCGAAUUAUAAUAAAUUUAAAUAAAAGAUAUCAAGUUUGAUAAAGCUGGAAAUCUCUACCCACUUGAUACCUAGGGAAAUUUGUAUGCAAAAUCAUAUGAUUAUUAUUAUGUUCUACUUAAAGAGAUUUUGGAUUUUGAAUUUACAUCACAAGGAUAAAUCCAAGCGAUAUCUUCUGCUACUAAACCUUAAGAUUCUGAUAGUAAAUUUUAUAAGAAGCUAGAAAUAGGAAGAACUAAUUACAUUCUUUAUUCACCUUAGAGUUUAUCAAAAAUUGCAAUCAGUAAUGACAAACUUAUCUUUGUUGAUGAAAAUAGCACAAUAAUAGGAUAUGGCAACAAAUGUAUCAAAGACCUCACUUCAGGAGUAGAUGGCAGCCUAUGGGCCUUGAGUUGCAAAUAAAAUAGUGAAUUAACUGAUUACUAGCUUAUCAAUUGGGACCCAAUAAGUAAAAAAUGGCUAGAAAUCAACAACACAUUCGGUGUCAAGAUUGCAGCAUUCAACGAAAUAUCAAUUUCAAUCCUCAAUUCUUUAGGAUAAAUUAGAAUUUCUACAGAUAAAAAUAGAUAUAAUAAUGUUGAAUUUUAUGAAAAUUUACUAAGACCAUAACUUUUUGAAGACUCAGUGAUAUUAAACUCCACAAAUCUUGGCUUUGUUCAAGAUCUUGUAUCUAAGAAAAAUGUCUUCUCAAAACUUUGUUACAGAGCAACAAUUAACGGAUUUUAAGCUGAAAAAUUCCACAAAGGCUGUGACUAUCAAGGCGCUUCAUUGACAAUAUUGAAGUCAAGCAAAGGCAGAAUAGCAGGAGCUUAUACAUCAAAUUCCUUCAUUUAAAAUUCAUACUUUGUAAAGGAUGAGAAGGCUUUUAUUUUCUCAUCUGAUCUCUAAGUGGUUAUCCCAAUUAAAAUCUAAAAUCCAGAUAAUGCUCACCUUGGUGGAACUUCAACCGGUCCCACUUUUGGAUAUGGUAGAGAUUUAUAUGUUUGCUCAAAUUCAAAUAUCGUUGCAGACAGCUACAGCAAUUUAGGAAGUACUUAUUAGCUUCCUUAAGGAUUAGAAUAAGAUAGCAUUGAAGCAAAAACUUACCUCUUUGGAGAAGAGAAAUUCUUGCUAUCAGAAAUCGAGGUAUACAUUCUUAUUUGA